UUGUUAUAACAAGUCCUAGAAGUUAGGGUUUGUGAUUAGUUUUGUUCUAAGAAAAAGGAAGAUUGAAACUAGAAUUACAACAGUUCCUUCUAUAUAUAUAUACACUCCACGCUUCCUUAGGCUUCUUUCUCGCAUUCUUCUUCUUCUUAUUCUUCAUCUUCUUCUUCAUCAUCUUUUUCUUCUUCUUCUUCUCCACAACCACUUCCAUUUUCAAACCCUUCUUCCUCUCAUUCAACAUAACAAUGUCCUCGGAGAAGGAGAGAGAGACCCAAGUUUACAUCGCCAAGCUCUCUGAGCAAGCUGAGAGAUAUGAAGAAAUGGUUGAAUGCAUGAAGGCGAUUGCAAAACUUGAUCUAGAAUUGACCGUGGAAGAGAGGAAUCUGCUGUCGGUGGGAUAUAAAAAUGUGAUUGGUGCACGAAGAGCUUCUUGGCGCAUUAUGUCAUCGAUUGAACAGAAGGAAGAGUCUAAAGGAAAUGAGAACAAUGCAAAAAUGAUAAAGAAUUAUCGUCAGAAAGUGGAAGAGGAACUCUCCAAAAUUUGCAGCGAUAUUCUGUCAAUUAUUGACAAGCAUCUUGUUCCUUCUUCCACCUCAGGAGAAGCCACCGUUUUCUACUAUAAGAUGAAGGGUGACUAUUAUCGAUAUCUAGCUGAGUUCAAGACCGACCAAGAAAGAAAGGAGGCAGCUGAGCAAUCACUGAAGGGAUAUGAGGCUGCUUUAGCUGCAGCAAACACAGAUCUUCCAUCAACACAUCCAAUUCGUCUUGGACUUGCACUCAACUUCUCAGUCUUCUAUUAUGAGAUAAUGAACUCUCCUGAAAGGGCCUGCCAUUUGGCUAAGCAAGCUUUUGAUGAAGCAAUUGCUGAGUUAGACACCUUGAGUGAAGAGUCAUACAAGGACAGCACCUUGAUCAUGCAGCUCUUGAGAGACAAUCUCACUCUCUGGACCUCCGAUUUGCCCGAGGAUGGAGGUGAUGAAAUCAAACCAGAAGAAAUCAAACCUGCUGCUCCUGAGCACUGAAGAUAAGAUACGUCUGCGUCUGAAGCAUUGCAGUUCAUUUGGAGCAGAAAAUGCAGAUUAUAGCUACUUCAUAGUUAUUGUGCUUUCGUUGCAUACAAACAAUGCUAGAAAAGUUCUACUUGCGGCUUUUAUUUUUAGUUUACAUUCCUUAUAUCUUAAACUUCUCAAUUGUAGUAAUGGAUAAUUUACAUAUUUUACUC